CGGGAAGAUUUUCCGUCCGUCCGGCUCUGCGGACUCAAGGAGAGAAAGGACAAACAGUUCCCCAGUGUACCCACACUUGGGACAUAAAGACGGUUCAUAAAUAUUUGUGCACAGGUCCACGUCCGCCUCCCCAUGCAGAACUCCAUGAAAUGAAUAAAGCACCACAGCCUAUAACAGGACCCCCCUCUGCCCCCCACCCUGCCCCUUCCCCUGGCCUCUCACAGCCCUCCUUCCCCCCUGGGCAGCCCCCCUCUGUUGUGUUUGCCACCCCACCGCCUCCACAAAUGAACCCAACACCACAACCCCGACAGUUUGCCCCAGGGCCCCGGCCUAUACACCAACAGGGAGGCUUCAGAUCGCUACAGCCCUACUAUGCCAACAGGCCCAGCUUGCCUCCUAGCAGUGGGCCUCGGGGUGUCCCCCCCAGCAGUGCCCCUCGGCCUGUGGCGCCCACCCACGUCUACCAAGCAGGCCCUGGCUCCCAGAUGAUGAUGAUCUCCCAGCAGCAGCUGCCCUUCCCCAGCUCGCCACAGGGACCUGCCUACUUCAUACCUGGACAGUACCGGUCGGCAACAUACGUGGCCACGCCCCAGCAGUACCCGGUCCCAACUGGCACCCCAGGCUUUUACCCUGGCACCAGCCCCGCUGAAUAUGGUACUUAUGCGGGGGCCUACUACCCAGCCCAGCCCCAGUUCACCCCCUCGGUGCAGGCAGCACCCGUUAUCAUGAACCCCGCUCCCCAGCAGCAACAGCCACCACCUCAGCCGCCCCAGCACAUCCCCACCAAACGAGAACGCAAACAGAUCAGAAUACGAGACCCUAACCAGGGAGGCCGAGACAUUACAGAAGAGAUUAUGUCAGGGGGCCGCAGUGGCUCCACCCCAACUCCACCACAGUCAGCCAUAUCUGGAUCAGAAAGUACAGCAGUGGCCCAGGCCAACGGUGAGAACGUGACAGCUGCUGCUAUACCAGCACCUGUUAAACCAGAUGACAGAGGGAAGCCCACACCACCUCCUCUGUCAAAGACCCCUGAACUUACCAAGAGUGAGGCCAUCCAUACAGAGGCUUCUUCCUCUGACACAAACACUAAACCCCUUCCUCCCUCGCUCCCGGUGGACGCACCCGUCAUCCCAGGUGACACCGCUCUCAACACUAUCCCCACACCCCCACCCAGCGCUCCCGUUGCUGACGAGAUGGACGCACCCCCACCCAGGGAACCCACUCCAACACCCCCAUCGGCGCCUGAGGUGCCAGCCUACCCAGCACCCAUUCCUGACCCUGUCCCCACCUCUGCUGCUCAAGACAAAACAGACAAGAAGGACACGGAGGUGAAAGAGGAGGAGGCAGUCAAAGAGGUGGAAUCUAAACCAGAGGUUGUUACUGCCUCUUUGGACACAUCGCUGCCUUCUUCCUCCACCACUAACGGAUUGGUGGAGGUAGAGUCAGCAAGCCUGUCUGUCACGUUGCCACCCACUCAGCUGGAGGCUCCUCUGGAGUCUCCCAUCGCUCAGCCUGAGGAGCUGCGCCUCCCUAAUGGCCUGCCGCUGCCGGCCCCGCAAGACCCUGAGGUGCCCGCCGUCAGCACAGCCGAGCGCGACGACAGCCCCAUUGCCGAGCCCGAUGUCGUCCAGCAACUUGUCACGCCAACCCAUGCACCCAUUCCUCAGACAAUGCCCGCACCCGCUGUCCAGACGACUUCUGCACCCGCCAUCCAGACGGCACCCGCACCUGUCGUCCAGACAACACCCACUAAGCCCUCAGUCCUAGAGACAGUUCCUACAGUCGCCUUGGACGUCAAGGCAGAAACCUCAGUGCCGCUGCCUGUUGCCAAGGGGGACAUGCCUGCUCCCAUGGAGACGGCAGCCGUGGCCGCCACUGUCCCAGAAACGGCGCCCACCCCUCCCCCUCCAACAGCAGAGGAGAGGGAAGACACCCCCCCUCCGCCUGCAACAACUCCCACCCCCGGGGAAACUACUAUGCAAGCUGCUGUGUCUGUGCCAAAGAAAAAGAGGAAAAUGAAGGAGCUGAACAAGAAGGAGGCAGUGGGAGACCUCCUGGAUGCCUUUAAAGAGGAGCAGGUGGUGGAAGCCUCACCAGAGCCUGAGCCUGCCCCAGCACCGGAAACCCAGGCCCCUGCCGCUGCCCCUCCUGCCCAAGAGGAGGCAGACCUGACCUGGGAGGACAAGGAGGACAAACUGGAUGCUGAGAACAUCCAGCCUGAGCCUCCCAAGACAGCUGCCACUGACAAGAAGUACCAGUACAAAGAGGAACAAUGGAAGCCCAUCAACCCAGAGGAGAAGAAGAAAUACGACAGGGAGUUUCUGCUGGGCUUCCAGUUCAUCUCUGCCAGCAUGAACAAGCCUGAGGGUCUGCCAGCCAUCAGUGAUGUCGUCCUAGACAAGGCUAAUAAGACCCCUUUGCGUCAACUGGACCCCAGUCGUCUACCAGGGAUCAACUGUGGCCCUGACUUCACACCCUCCUUUGCCAACCUUGGCAGGCCCAGUAUGGGAGGAGGUGGUAGAGGACCAGCUCCAGGUAUGGGCAUAGGCGUUGGUGGGCCACGUCGACCCCAACAGGGCCAGAGGAAAGAGCCCAGGAAGAUCAUCACCAGCAUGUCGCUUAAUGACGACGUGCAGCUUAACAAGGCUGAGAAGGCCUGGAAACCCUCGGUGAAGAAAGUGACCCGCAGCCGUGGAGGGGAGGAGGUUGAAGAGAGCGAACCAGAACAGGUCAAGACCCAGGAGCUGUUCAAGCGGGUUCGCAGCAUCCUGAACAAACUGACACCUCAGAUGUUCCAACAGCUGAUGAAGCAGGUGACAGAGCUGACCAUAGACACAGAGGAGAGGUUGAAAGGAGUCAUAGACCUCAUCUUCGAGAAGGCCAUCUCAGAGCCAAACUUCUCGGUGGCCUACGCCAACAUGUGCCGCUGCCUUAUGGGGCUGAAAGUCCCCACCACAGAUAAGCCGGGAAUCACUGUGAAUUUCCGCAAGCUGCUACUCAACCGCUGCCAGAAGGAGUUUGAGAAGGACAAAGAUGAUGAUGAGAUUUUUGAGAAGAAGCAGAAAGAGCUGGAUGCUGCCUCAGGGGAGGAAGAGAAACAGCGCCUCUUAGAAGAGCUAGAGGAGGCAAAGGACAAGGCCAGGAGGCGCUCGCUGGGCAACAUCAAGUUCAUUGGUGAGCUGUUCAAGCUAAAGAUGCUGACAGAGGUCAUCAUGCACGACUGCAUUGUUAAGCUGCUCAAGAACCACGACGAGGAGUCCCUGGAGUGCCUGUGUAGACUGCUGUCCACCAUCGGCAAAGACCUGGACUUCGAGAAGGCCAAGCCUCGCAUGGACCAGUACUUCAACCAGAUGGAGAAGAUCAUCAAGGAGAGGAAGACCUCCUCCAGGAUUCGCUUCAUGCUGCAGGAUGUGCUGGACCUCCGACGGAAUAACUGGGUGCCCAGGCGAGGUGACCAGGGCCCCAAAACCAUCGACCAGAUCCACAAAGAGGCUGAGCUGGAGGAGCACAGGGAGCAGAUGAAGGUCCAGCAGGCGCUUAUCUCAAAGAAGGAGUCAGGUGGAGGCCCAGGGGGCAGGAUGGGCGGAGGCGGUCCCGGAGGCCGCGGAGGUCCUCACACCCCAGGCCGCAGUAACCUUCCCCAGGACGAGGGCUGGAACACAGUGCCCAUCUCCACCAAGAACCGACCCAUCGACACCUCCCGCCUCAGCAAGAUCACCAAGACCCCAGUUCUUGACUUCAACAACCAGCUGCUUGCCCCCGGGGGUAAAGGCACCUGGGGCAGCUGGGGUAAGGGCAGCAGCGGCGGCACCAGUGCCAAGCCUGCAGAUUCUGGCUCAGAUUCAGGCGGCCGUCCAGCCACUAGCACUCUGAACAGGUUCUCAGCCCUGCAGCAGCCUCCCUCCUCCUCAGGCUCCUCUCUGGACUCAGACAGACGAGUGCCACAAAGGAACAGCUCGAGUCGAGAUCGCGGUGACCGGUUUGACCGCUCCGACCGAGGCAGCGACCGAUUCGACCGACGGGAUGACCGACGGGAUGAUCGUGACCGAAACCGGCUGUUGGUCACCAAGCGCAGUUUUAGCAGGGAGAAUGAGGAGCGGAGUCGGGAAAGAGAACACCGCGGGCCGGCCGACCCUGUCCGUCGAGUAGCCAGCAUGACCGACGAGAGGGAUCGGGGCAGCAGAGACCGAGCCAGGAGCAAAGAGAAUGCAGUGAAGCGGGAGACUGCUCCCACCCCUCCACCUCCCCAGACGCCCACCAAGCCUGCCUUGACAGAGGAGGAGCUGGACAAGAAAUCCACAGCCAUCAUUGAGGAAUACCUCCAUAUCAACGACAUGAAGGAGGCGCUGCAGUGCGUGCAGGAGAUGAACAGCACCCAGCUACUGUUUGUGUUUGUGCGGCAAGGUCUGGAGUCAACACUGGAGCGCAGCACCAUCGCCAGGGAGCACAUGGGCCUGCUGCUGCACCAGCUGAUCAAGACUGGCACCCUGCCAACUCAGCAGUACUACAAAGGGCUUCAGGAGAUCCUGGAGGUGGCUGAGGACAUGGCCAUAGACAUCCCUCACAUCUGGCUCUACCUGGCUGAGCUCAUCACCCCCAUGCUCCAUGAGGGAGGCAUCCCCAUGGGACAGCUCUUCAGUGAGAUCUCAAAGCCUUUGAUCCCUCUGGGCAAAGCUGGAGUCCUGCUGGUCCACAUCCUCACCCUACUCUGCAAAGGAAUGAGCCAUAAAAAGGCCGGCACCAUGUGGAGGGAGGCAGGCCUCAGCUGGAAGGACUUCCUCCCAGAGGACGUGGAUGUCAACAAGUUUGUGACAGAAAAGAAUGUGGAGUUCACCCUGGGCAACGAAUCAGAGAAGAGCAAGAAGAAGGAGCUGAGCUCUGCAGAGCUGACCAAGCAGCUGGACAGACUGAUCCAGGACAAGGCCGACAACCAGAGGAUCUUUGACUGGAUCGAGGCCAACCUGGACGAGCAGCAGACGAACUCCAACAUGUUUGUCAGAGCGCUGAUGACCUGCAUCUGCCAGUCAGCCAUCAUCUGUGAGAACCCGUACAAGGUGGACAGUGAGCAGAUCAACCAGAGGGCCAAGCUGCUGCAGAAAUACCUGAAGGACGAGCAGAAGGAGCUGCAGGCCCUGUACGCUCUGCAGGCGCUGAUGGUGGAGAUGGAACAGCCUGCCAACCUGCUGCGGAUGUUCUUCGACACACUGUACGACGAGGACGUGAUCAAAGAGGAGGCCUUCUACAAGUGGGAGUCCAGCAAAGACCCCGCUGAGCAGCAGGGCAAGGGUGUGGCCCUCAAGUCCGUCACCGCCUUCUUCACUUGGCUCCGCGAGGCCGAGGACGAGUCGGACAACAGCUAGGACCCCCCUCUGCACCCCCGCCCCACCACCCGGACUGCUGGGAGGACUGGUGGCAUUUCAGACAAGAUCCAGUGGGAGGCCAAAUGUUUUGUGGAUGAUUCAGGGGACUCUGAAUCAGCAAAAUCCUUCUGCAUAAACAGAAAAAAAGCAAGAAAAAAAUUCUUCAACUGGGAGAGAUUGUAUUAUGGAUCGAACAUUCGAUCAUGUUAUUUUUUGUUUUGUUUUAUUUUCCUGUUUUUUUUUCCUUGCGCUAUCGAAUGUCUUUUUGAACUGUUAUGAAAAUUAAAGAUUAAAUUGAGAGAACAUAUGAGAGAGAGAGAGAGAAAGAGAGAGAAUGCUGAUGAGAAGCGUUACAAGCUGUAGGGGAUGAUGCGGUUUCCUUCAGUGUUUUUUUGAGGUUUUAUCUCCUGUUUUAAAAUGGCUUCUCUUUGCCACGGCAACACUAUUCAAGACAUUUUGCUUAACAACCCGAAAAAGAAAAAAAAAAAAAAGCCCAACAAAUGAACUUUAAAAGGCUGUUCACAUCUAUAUUUUUUGAUGACUUCAUCCUAUAUCAUGUCGACACAAAAUGAAGACAUCACGUGUCAUGUGCAGUGUAUGAUGACACGCUUAUGUAGGUGGCUAGCUAUUUGUUUCCCUUUUGUGAGUGUUGGAUGAUUGGAGUGUGUGUUUUAUAAUAAAAUUAGAAAAUACAAAGAAAAGUGGACAUGGUGAGAGCUGUCUAAAGGACAUUUCAGACAGGAGUUGAACUCACGGUUGUGGACUCCUAAGGAUUUAACGUAGACUUUACGAGGACGGUGUCACGGAGGAGGAGAGGAGCGACGGACAUUAACCUUUUGCUGCUGGGGGGGUGACGACGCUUCUCAUGGCCAUGCUGCCCCCCCGACCCUCUGAUGCGUGUCUGUUUUUACUUUUCUCCUGCGCUUCAAAAAGAAAAAAAAACAAACUCUGGGCUGGGAAAGAGAGAGCAAGUGCGAGGGCGUGCGGCCAAGCCCUCCCACAAAAGCCUGUUAGUGGAUUUUAAAAGAUAAAAUAUCAUUAUUGAAACUUGAAAAAAGUAUAUAGAGAAUAAUCUACUUUAAGAAAAUGGA